UCCCACGUCAGUGUGUUUGUCUUGGUGUAGCCACGCUCCAUUCCACAGGGCAUCUGUAUCCUGAAUUUGGCUCCCCUGUCGGGGCUGGCCUCUUAAAUCGACGACCCACCCACACUCCCAAUUUUGGCACGGAAUCUUUUCUGCUCAGCACAUUGAUCACAGUCAAACAGCACGAGGGAGGGAGGACGAGCAAGAAAUGGCGAGCAAGUCGGUCACCGUCGGCGACCUCAUCCACCGCGUCGCCUCCUCCUGCCUCUCCAACCGCCUCGCCUGCAGCUACACCCUCCGCGACUCCAGCGGCAGCGACCCGGAGGAGGACGACCCCUUCGCCGACGCCGUCUCGGGCAGUGAGAAGUGCCGGCGUUCCCCCUCUGCAGCGGAGGUGGUGGAGGAGGAGGACGAGGAGGAGAAGCUCAAGAUCUGGGAGGAGGGGCAGGAGGAGAAGAGGAAGGUGGCGGAGGAGGCUAAGGGGGCCGAGCGCGCGCGCGACGCGGAGGCGCUGAUGGCGGAGGUGUUCGACGCGGUCUCCGGCGUGCGGCGCGCGUACGCGGCGCUCCAGGGCGCUCACUGCCCCUGGGACCCCGACAAGAUGCGCACCGCGGACGCCGCCGUCGUCGCCGAGCUCCGCCACCUCGCGCGCCUCCGCGACCGGUUCCGACGCUCCGCGGCCGCGGGCCACAUCCCCCGCCCCAACCCUGCCGCGCCCCCGCUCCGCGAGGCCGUCGCGCCCUACGAGGCCGCGCUCGACGACUUCCGGCACCAGCUCCAGGCCAAGCAGGACGAGGUCGACGGCCUCAAGGAGAAGCUCGCCGUCGCCACCAGCCGCCGCAACGCGCGCCACCACCCGUCCAAGCAGAACGGCUCCGGCGGCGCGCCGACGGCGGAGCUGUUCACCUCAUGCGCCGAGCAGGCCCGCGCGGCGACGCGGGCAUUAGCGGGGCACCUGCUGCACCUGAUGCGCUCGGCGGGGGUGGACCUCGCGGCGGCCACCCGGUCCCUCACCAAGAUCUCGGUCUCCUCCCCGCAGGUCGCCAAGCACGCGCUCGAGGCGCACGUCACCCGCGCCCUCCUCGGCGGCUUUGAGCAUGAGUCCUUCUACCUCGACGGCUCCCUCUCCUCGCUGCUCGACCCCGCCGCGUUCCGGCGGGAGCGGUACACGCAGUUCCGCGACAUGCGCGGGAUGGAGCCCGCCGAGCUCCUGGGCGUGCUCCCGACCUGCGCCCUCGGCCGCUACGCCGCGAGCAAGUUCGCGUCCCUCCUGCCUCCCCGCGUGGAGGAGGCCAUCCUAGGCGACGGCGAGCACCGGAGGGUGGUGACCGGCGGCGCGCACCCGCGGACGCCGUUCUACGGCGAGUUCCUGCGCGCGGCCAAGGCCGUGUGGAUGCUGCACCUGCUGGCGUUCGCGCUCGAGCCGCCGCCCAGCCACUUCGAGGCCGGCCGCGGCGCGGAGUUCCACCCAGAGUACAUGGAGAGCGUGACCGGCGCGCCCCCGCGCGCUGGCGCUGGCAUGGUCGUCGGAUUCGCGGUCGCGCCCGGGUUCCGGCUGGGCAACGGCGCCGUGGUGCGCGCCCGGGUCUACCUCGUGCCGCGUGGUGGCCGACCGUGACAGACGCAUGAAUGGAUCACCUCCCAUUGUUGGUUGAUGCCAACAUGCCAUGCUGGAGCUGGAGCUGGAGCUGGAGCAGCAGCAGCAACUCAUUGGUGAAGAACAGUGAGAGUUGUACUGCACUAGCUCCUCGGAUUUUCACUGCUGCUUAGUUAGAUUGCUUCUUUCUCCGAAGUAAUCCAUAAUCCAUGUGUAAGGGGCUUGGAAUUUAAUGUAUAAUCAUCGUUUGGUAAGCAACAUAAUCGUUUCCUAAUUCAUGUUGUGAUCAGUAAAAUUGAUCAGAUGCAGUCAUGCAGAUUUGACUGUGUAGGUAGGAGGGCAAUGGACCAUUCUGUUGGCAUGACAUCAAGGAGCACCUCUCAUCAUAAUCGAAGGCAUUUAUGAUGUGUUGCUACUUGCUAGUCUGUUAUGCAUUGCAAGGGGCUGCUGCUUCAGUUUCUCUCUUGCUGGGCCAGGUGACAGUCAAGAUUUUAGGUUAUGGCCAUGGAAACUCAUCAUCAUCUUUGCUUAAUUUGUAUGAAGAUUAGAACUUACAUCACAUACAGAGAGAUGUAUCUUGUUCACUGCAUAA